AUGGCUCCUGCGGGCGGUAGCGGCGGCUCAGCGGCGGGGAAGAUGGCGCCGUCGCACGUCCUCAAGUGCUGCCAGAGGGUGCUGGCGUGGGUGCCCGUGGUCUUCAUCGCCUUGGUCGUGGCCUGGUCCUAUUACGCCUACGUGGUGGAGCUCUGUGUGUUUACAGUUACCUCAAUUGGAGAAAAAGUUGUCUACCUUGUGAUUUUUCAUCUAUCAUUUGUUAUGUUUGCGUGGUCCUAUUGGAAGACUAUUUUUACAUCUCCUGCCUCCCCUUCCAAUGAGUUUUGCUUAUCAAAAACUGAUAAGGAGCAAUAUGAAAAAGAAGAGAGACCAGAAUCUCAGCAGGAAAUUCUAAGAAGAGCUGCUAAAGAUCUCCCUGUCUAUACAACAACAACAUCAAGAGCUAUUAGAUACUGCGAUAGAUGCCAGCUAAUCAAACCUGAUCGAUGUCAUCAUUGUUCUGCAUGUGACCUAUGUGUACUGAAAAUGGAUCAUCAUUGUCCUUGGGUGAAUAACUGCGUGGGAUUUUCCAACUACAAGUUUUUUCUCCUCUUUUUAUUUUAUUCCCUCCUGUAUUGUCUGUUUGUUGCUGCUACGGUUCUUCAGUAUUUCAUAAAGUUUUGGACAAAUGAACUACCAGACACCCGUGCAAAAUUCCAUGUUCUUUUCCUUUUCUUUGUGGCUGCCAUGUUCUUCAUCAGCAUACUGUCAUUGUUUAGUUACCACUGCUGGCUAGUUGGUAAAAACAGAUCAACAAUUGAAGCUUUCCGGGCACCAAUGUUUCGAAAUGGGCCUGACAAAAAUGGCUUCUCUCUUGGAUGUCAAAAAAACCUAAGAGAGGUUUUUGGAGAUGAAAAGAAAUACUGGCUGCUCCCUAUAUUUACGAGCUUAGGAGAUGGUUGCAACUUUCCAACACGCCUAGUGAUUAUGGAUCCCGAGCAGCUCGCUGUCUCAAGCCAAAAUGAAACUGUUAAAAGGUGUGCGCAAUGCUUUCUACAUAGGUACACAGAAGUCUGCUGUUGCAUGUUCCCACACACAGUGGACCACUUUUAUCUCAUCAGCAGAUAAUCAGAGACAAGAAUUCAUUCCCCAAAUAGUUUUAAACCUAAUUGCAAUGAGAGUUUAUGAGAGAAUGAAUGCAUAAUGCAACACAUGUCAAGCCUGGCAUGAAACUCUCAAUUUGCUUGCCCAUCAUCAUCCCUUUGUCUGAAACAGUAUAUUGGACUGAUUGUGAAGUUUCUUAUUCUAGAGCAGAGAGAAAAAUGCUGAUGUGGGAAUCCCAUUCUCUUCAGAAAAAGAGUUAAUAGGGAUUCUGGUGUGGGUUCUGUGGAGGGAAACCACACUCUUCCAGUUUCUAAAUGACCCACCAGUAAGAUUGGUCAUAGAAACAAAACCAGAGUUGAUAAGAAUACAGGAUAGACAUGUUAGGUUCUACAGGUUGAAGAUAUUGAUAGCCCACUCUGUAAAUACCUCUACCUUUUUUCUGACAAUACCUGGACAGGCUAAGUCCUCAGCUUCCACUAUAGGAAGUACCGUAUUUCAAGUUUAUUCUGACUGAAGAUAGGUGCUAAAGGAAGCUUUGCAGGCCAGUUGGGCUGUCUAGGGAAACGAAGAGAUUGAAAUCUCUUCUUCCUCUUGAACUGUUUUCUAACAUCUAGUUUGGACCAUUCCCUCUAUAAUUUAGAGUCUAGGAUAGGGCAGAAAAAAGGAGAAGAUUGCUGCCUGGCAUCAAUGCCAAACUGAAUUCAUCUGAGUCAUGAAGUUCAAGUCUAGGUGCAGACUGAUGAUGUCUGAUUAGACUGUGCAGAAUUCUUUUUUGGCAAGCAAUGUGUAGUUAUCACCCUUUUAAGGUAGACUAGACUAGGAAACCAAAGUAAUAAAUGUUAAUACUACAGUACCUUUAUUGUAAAAUUACCAUAACAGAAUCAUACGAGUCUGACUAUACUCCCUCCCCCUUUCCUUUAUCUUAGUGAGAACUAGGGAGGGUCUUUCUCAAUCUACAUUUCUGCUCUAGACUCAGAUAUAUGUCAUUUGACCAUUGCCUUUGUUGCAGUUGUUCCUCCUGCUUCUCAAAGUUAUUCCUUCUUCCCAAUAUAAUCUAUUUGAUAUUUGUCAGAUGUUACUAGUAUUGAAAACAACAUAUUCCAAAUCAGGUAUUCCAAACAAGGCUUUAAAUUGCUGUUUGUAAUAGAAAGGUUUGUUUUAUAAAUCUUUUGUCAUGUGACUAUAUUGAGAGAGGAUCAUUGCUGCCUGAUGCAAAGACUGAGGAGAGGGGGAGAUCGUCCCUUAUCUGUGGACAAUACUUGAUUGUCAUUCCUGUCAAAGGUCUGCCUCUAAGAAGGCCAGGACUUGGGCAGUGGAAACGGAUCAUGAAAACUUCCUUUUUUUUCCUGACCCAUCUGUAAAAGGAUUGUCACAUCAACAUAUGUGUGAAUGGUGAAAAUGGGGGUGUUUGGUUGUAAGUGAAGAUCUUCAAAGCUGCAGCCUGACUGGGUGUUCGUGACUGGCUAAUGAAAAGUAGCUAGAGCUUUAAAGUGGAAUAUUACCUGAAGAAGUCACUAUAGAAGCUUGAAAGGUAUCAUUCCAUUGAGAGGCCAGCAAUUCAAGAAAUGUAGCACUUAUCACACCUCCUCUUGCGGAAGAGAACUGAGGGUAUUCAGUGUUAUGCGUUGGAUGCUUAACCCCUCUUGCCCUUGUGUGCCAUAGGUCCUCAGAGAAAUCCAUAACUGUUUUUUUUUGGGGGGGGGCUAUGUAAAAGGUUCCCAAAAAGGUAUCUUAAAAAGGGAAAGUAGGUUUAAAAAAAUAAAAAUGAGCAAAAGAAUCUGUGGUUUAUCUUGACUUUUGAGAUGGAAGAAGCUUGUGUAGUUAUUAUAUUUGUUCUUCAAAACAAGGAGAGCUUCAAAAUAGCUAUCUCCUCCAACAGGAACCAAUCCUCUCUAUCCCUACCUUUACCAUGGGGAAAUAGGAUUACCUUUUACCUCAAUCCAAUGGCACCAUUUCAGCAGUAAAGAGAUAAACUGCUGUUGAAUCUUCACUUUCCCAGAAUGCAGAGGGCUGAAGUUUAUAGAUGCUGUUUAUCAUUGGCUGGGCCAAUGCUACAGAACAGCCUUCGAAGGAUCAGAAGUGACCCACCCACCCCCACUUCCAAUUGCUGGCUAUCUGAAGAUAUUACAAGUAGAAGUAGGCCAAAGUGCCUAUGUUUAAUGGCUUUGGGAGGCAGGGUGAAGAGGAAUGGUCAAACAAGAGGCAGCUAAGCCCACAAAAGGAAUGUGGAUAUGAUAAAUGUCUUAGAAGGGACACUCCCUUGUUUCUUGGGUUGUAAAUGCAAGGGGGUGUUGUACUUUCAAACUUGCAAGGUCCUAUUAUUGUAAGCUUACAAUCAGAGGUGGGUUUCAUAUAAUUUUAUCACCAGUUCGCCGCACACCAAAAAUGUGAGCUUUUCUCGCACACGCAGCUUGCACACAUGCACACAGCUUAGAAAACGUGGCUAAAUAGGAUGGCAUAGCAGGUCGCCUCUACCAGUUUAUGCGAACCAGCUGAAUACCGCCACUGCUUACAAUAAA